AUGGCAUCAGCACAGAAGGCGACCAAGCUCUGGGGUGGGAGAUUCUCCGGCGAACUCGACCCGUUGAUGGUCACCUACAACGAAUCAAUCAACUUCGACAAGGCCUUUUAUGCCCAGGACAUCAAGGGCUCUAUCGCCUUUGCCCGCGCCAACGUUGGGACUGGCAUUCUCACACAGGAGGAGUUCGCUGCCAUUGAAAAGGGAUUGAACCAGGUCCUUCAGGAAUGGAAGGACGAUAAAUUCGUUAUUCAGCAUGGUGUAGAUGAGGAUAUUCACACUGCCAAUGAGCGUCGGUUGGGCGAGAUUAUUGGGAAGGACAUUGCAGGCAAGCUCCAUACUGGUCGAAGCCGAAAUGAUCAGGUUGCUACUGAUUUGCGGAUGUGGCUUCGGGACGAGCUGCGUGAAGCUGAAAAGUUCCUCGUUGAGCUGCUCACCAUUCUCACGGAUCGUGCUGCUUUGGACAUCGACUAUUUGAUGCCUGGAUAUACCCAUCUUCAGCGUGGACAGCCUGUAAGAUGGAGUCACUGGAUGCUUAGCUACGGCUCUGCCUUCCUAGGUGACCUCGAACGUCUCCGUGAGGUGAUAAAACACGUCAACAAAUGUCCGCUCGGAUGUGGUGCUCUUGCUGGAAACGCCUUUGGAAUUGACAGAGUCGCCAUGGCUGAAGAGCUUGGUUUCGAGGGGCUGAUUUUGAACAGCAUGGCCGGUGUUGGGGACCGAGAUUUCAUACUCGAAGCUCUACAGUGGGCAUCAACACUGAUGCUGCACUUGUCACGCUGGAGUGAAGAUUUGAUCAUCUAUAGCACGACGGAGUUUGGUUUCGUCAGGCUGUCUGACGCAUACACCACCGGCAGCUCGCUAAUGCCACAAAAGAAGAACUGCGAUUCUCUCGAACUCCUUCGUGGCAAAUCGGCACGACUAUUUGGUAGCAUGGCUGGCCUAACAAUGACCAUCAAGGGCAUCCCAUCUACUUAUAACAAAGAUCUACAGGAGAGCGUUCAGCCAAUGAUCGAAAGCAUGAAGACCGUCAAGGAUAGCAUCCUGAUUGCUACCCGUGUCCUCGCAACCCUCACUGUGUUCCCGGAGAAGAUGCUCGCUGCUCUAAGCCCCGACAUGCUUGCUACCGAUCUUGCCGAGUACUUGGUUCGAAAGGGAGUUCCAUUCCGAGAAACCCACCACAUCUCGGGCCGCGUUGUCGCGUUGGCAGAAAAGGAGAAUAUCCCCAUGGAUAAGCUGACAUUUGCUCAGUUCAAGAGUGUUGACGAGCGACUUGGUGAUGAUGUUCUAGAGGUGUUCAACUACGAGAAAUCCGUUGAGCUUAAGUCUGCCAUCGGCGGUACCAGCCGAUCGGCCGUCCUGAAGCAGAUCGAGACUCUGAGAAAGUCCUUGUAG